CCUCUUUCUUCGAUUCUUCUCUUAACCAUUCUCCCAUUCACUCACUUCGCCCUGGGUCCCUUUCCCACAUAUCAUCGACUAACAUAAAGGUUCAUAGAGUCAAACACGCCUUGUGUUUACUCGUCUGCGCAGCUGUUUAGAGCGGCACGCGCAAAGCUUCAUAACGACAGCUUUUUUGUGUCUUCGUGUUGAAAAAGGACUUCGAUCCACCUAUCUAUACAUACAUCUUUCACAAUGGCUCGCCUAUCCGCACGCGAUGGCGCCUCCAAGCCCUUCGCCUGGACCACCAUCUUCUACCUUCUCUUCGUCCUCGUCGCGCCUCUGGCGUUCUUUGGAAACACUGCCCACGCCCAGGAGGAGAACUCCCCUGAGAGCUACGGCAAUGUUAUUGGUAUUGAUUUGGGAACCACUUACUCUUGUGUUGGUGUGAUGCAGAACGGCAAGGUCGAGAUUCUUGUCAACGACCAAGGAAACCGUAUUACCCCGUCUUACGUUGCUUUCACCGAUGAGGAGCGUCUCGUUGGUGACGCCGCCAAGAACCAAUAUGCCGCCAACCCCGAGCGCACUGUCUUCGACAUCAAGCGUAUGAUUGGUCGCAAGUUUGAUGACAAGGACAUCCAGAAGGACGUCAAGAACUACCCCUUCAAGGUCGUCAAGAAGGAUGGCAAGCCCCAAGUCAAGGUCGACGUCAACCAGUCCCCCAAGACCUUCACCCCUGAGGAGGUUUCCGCCAUGAUCCUCGGUAAGAUGAAGGAGAUCGCCGAGAGCUUCUUGGGCAAGACUGUCACCCACGCCGUUGUUACUGUUCCCGCCUACUUCAGCGACGCCCAGCGUCAGGCUACCAAGGAUGCCGGUACCAUCGCCGGUCUCAACGUCCUCCGUGUUGUCAACGAGCCCACCGCCGCCGCUAUCGCCUACGGUCUUGAUAAGACCGGUGACGAGCGCCAGGUCAUUGUUUACGAUCUUGGUGGUGGUACCUUCGAUGUGUCUCUUCUGUCUAUUGACAACGGUGUUUUCGAGGUUCUGGCUACCGCCGGUGACACCCACCUUGGUGGUGAGGAUUUCGACCACCGUGUCAUGGAGUACUUCGUCAAGCAGUACAACAAGAAGAACAACACCGAUGUCAAGAAGGAUCUUAAGGCUAUGGGUAAGCUUAAGCGCGAGGUUGAGAAGGCCAAGCGUACUCUGUCUUCCCAGAUGUCCACUCGCAUUGAAAUCGAGGCCUUCCACAACGGCGAGGACUUCUCUGAGACUCUUACCCGCGCUAAGUUCGAGGAGCUUAACGUUGAUCUGUUCAAGAAGACCCUCAAGCCUGUUGAGCAGGUUCUGAAGGACGCCAAGGUCAAGAAGUCCGAGGUUGAUGACAUCGUUCUUGUUGGUGGUUCUACCCGUAUCCCCAAGGUCCAGGGUCUUCUCGAGGAGUUCUUCGCCGGAAAGAAGGCCAGCAAGGGUAUCAACCCCGAUGAGGCCGUUGCCUUCGGUGCCGCCGUUCAGGGUGGUAUUCUCUCCGGUGAUGACUCCAUGGUCGAUGUCGUUCUCAUGGAUGUCAACCCCCUCACUCUCGGUAUCGAGACCACUGGCGGUGUUAUGACCAAGCUCAUUCCCCGCAACACUGUCAUCCCUACCCGCAAGUCGCAGAUUUUCUCGACUGCCGCCGACAACCAGCCCACCGUCUUGAUCCAGGUGUUCGAGGGUGAGCGCUCGAUGACCAAGGACAACAACAUGCUCGGCAAGUUCGAGCUGACCAACAUCCCUCCCGCGCCCCGUGGUGUUCCCCAGAUCGAGGUCGCCUUCGACCUCGAUGCCAAUGGAAUCCUCAAGGUCAGCGCCUCCGACAAGGGCACUGGCCAGGCUGAGUCCAUCACCAUCACCAACGACAAGGGCCGUCUCUCCCAGGAGGAGAUCGACCGCAUGGUCCAGGAGGCCGAGCAAUACGCCGAGGAGGAUAAGGCCAUCAAGGGCAAGAUCGAGGCCCGUAACGGCCUUGAGAACUACGCCUUCAGCUUGAAGAACCAGGUCAACGAUGAGAACGGUCUGGGUGGCCAGAUCGAUGAGGAUGACAAGCAGUCCAUCCUCGACGCCGUUAAGGAGGUCAACGACUGGCUCGAGGACAACGCCGCCACCGCUACCAUGGAGGACUUUGAGGAGCAGAAGGAGCAGCUUUCCGGUGUGGCUUACCCCAUCACCAGCAAGCUGUACGGCUCUGCUUCUCCUCCUGAUGAGGAUGACGAGCCCCUUGACCACGACGAACUGUAAAAUUAUCUUUGAGGCAUUAUUCAUGGAGUUCCACUUUUUUUUUUUCUUUUGCUUGAGUCCCCUUUUGUGUUCGAAUCUACACG